AUGGCGCUCUUCGUCCCGGCUCGGCGCCGUUCAGCACUCGCGGCCUCUCUGGCGAUGGCGGCAGUUUUCGGCCUUUACGCGCAGGUGAGCUCCGCUUCAGAUUUCGUGACCGGCUUUCCGGCCGUGCGAGCACGAAAGCCAACGGUGAGCAUGCAAUCCAAGGUGGACGACAUUGUAGAAGAGCUCAAGGGCUUGACGCUACUUGAGGCCUCAGAGUUGGUGAAAGCCAUCGAGGAGACUUUCGGCGUGGACGCUUCUGCUUCGGCAGGGGCAGUUGUCAUGGCGGCCCCCGGCGCAGGUGGCGGAGAAGCUGCUGAGGCAGUGGAAGAAAAAACAGAGUUUGAUGUGGUCCUGAAGGAGGUGCCCAAG